UGUUUUUGUGGAGGCUGGCUUGGCCGCAGUCACUAACUGCGUAGGACUUGGACAUAAUUCCCACACAGCUGCCGGAUCAUUUCCAGAACCCCAGCACAGCAUGUCCCCGACACACACAGCCGCGCUCUCCCUGCUACUGCUGUUCGGAGCGGGGCACCAGUGUCUCGCAGCCCGUCCGUUGCUCGUGUUUCUGAUCGAUGGGUUCCGCUAUGACUACAUGGAUGACCUGCACGCUCUACCCGGAUUUCGCGAGCUCGUGGCCAACGGGGUGAAGGUGGACUACAUGACACCAGACUUCCCGAGUUUAUCGUACCCUAAUUACUACUCACUGAUGACAGGCCGUCACUGUGACGUUCAUCAGAUGACCGGAAACUUCAUGUGGGAUGAAGCCUCCAAGAAGGAGUUCCUGAUUGGUGUCAAUCCUGACAGUCGGUUGCCUCUUUGGUGGGAUGGAUCAGAGCCUUUAUGGGUCACCCUGCAAAACCUGGGAAAGAAGGUUUUCAUGUACUACUGGCCGGGCUGCGAAGUGGAGAUUCUGAGUGUCCGUCCGUCAUUCUGUGAGGAAUACGUCACCAACCCAUCAGAGAAAAACCUCACAGAUGCGAUAGAGGAUGCUCUCAAUGUCCUGAGGUCGGGCCAAGCAGGCAUGGCAGCAGUAUAUUAUGAGAAGAUAGAUGUGGAGGGCCAUCACUUCGGCCCAGAAUCUGAACAGGUCAGGACAGCUGUGCGACAACUGGAUCUCGCUAUGCAGACUCUCAACAGAAAAAUCAAAGAGAAGAAGAUGGUGAACCAGCUGAACAUUAUGCUGUUUUCAGACCACGGUAUGACAAAGAUCCAGUGGAUGGAGAAGGUGAUAGAGCUGGACAAGUAUAUCAACAUGACAGCCAUUGUCAAGAUGAUGGACAGGGGACCAGUGGUCAGUCUGUGGCCCAAAGAUAACAAGUACCAAGAGGUGUAUGCCGCGUUGUCCCAGGUCCCUAACAUGCGUGUCUAUGCCAGACAGGAGAUCCCUGAACGUUUCCAUUUCAAAGGAGGGAGGUUUGUUUCCCCCCUGACGCUGGUGGCUGAGCCAGGCUGGUUCAUCAUCGAGAACAAGGAACAUCUCCCAUACUGGAAAAACGACUCUGGGGAACCCUCAGCCUGGCAAAAUGGUUGGCAUGGUUACGACAACGAGUUCCUCGACAUGAGAGGCUUUUUCUUGGCGUCAGGACCGGACUUCAAGCGGAAUGUUCAGGCUGCUCCAAUUCGAUCGGUGGACAUCUAUAACCUCAUGUGCUGGACGUUGGGAGUGAAACCUUUGCCCAAUAAUGGGUCCUGGUCUCGGGUGGAGUACUUACUGAAUAGUUCUGAUGAUCCAUCUCUGCCCACAACCCUCUGCUGUAUGAGUGCGAUAGGAGUACUGCUUGCACUAUGGCACUAGGCAGACCGAUGUCUGAGCAUUUUCAGUUUUGCCUGUGGUUUUGUUUUCUUCUGCAAUUUCUCUCAAUUUUCAUUUGUUGUCAAUCAUGGUGAAAGAUGAAAAGUUAGAGCUAUAACAUGUCAGCAGGAGUUGUAUUCAGUGAUGCAAGUAUUCAGGGUUUCUGGUGCUUUACCGUUUAUCACAUGGUAUAUCACCGAUAUAUACCAGGGUCAAAUUUCUUGUAUGUGUUCACAUAUUUGGCCAAUAAGGCUGGUACUGAUUUCUGGGUUAAAGGGCACAAUCCUAAUCAUUUUCUAAUACGUUUCUACAAAGUUUCCUGGAAAGAACUAGCUCAUUUGAAACUAACUACAGGGAAAAUAGGAAUGUUCUUGAAAAGAACUGCUCCAUUUAAACUCAACCUAUUCAUUAUUAAUAGAUCAUUGGAAACAUUGUUCUCUAUAUACAGUAUGUUACACUGUAUGCUUGCCUUUAGACACAUUUCACAUUUAUGUCCAGCUGACCUGCUGUUCUCAGACUAAACUGUUUAGGUUACACAAUCAAUUAAUUGGUAGUGAAUGUAGAGGCUGAGCCCAAGCUUUAAGCCCCUGAGGUGCUGUUCCACGGGUAGAGUAAUUGACGCACUUUUUACCUUUUUGAUCAACGAAAGUCCAAAUCAUAUUUGCAGUUAAAACCUUUGGUUCCAUUUAUUUCCAUGAUAUCUUCAUAGGUUUCCACACAAAUUACUGCUUGUAUGUAUGCCUGUGUAGUGUUGUGGUGUUGGUGUGCGUGUGGUCAAAACCUGUAUGUGCUUCUGGGUUGCACCCGAGGAACCAAAGAUUGGUUCCUAUUUAUACCAAGGACACUAAUUGGCUCUUACAGUGAACAAUUUAAGUAUUUCCAAACUACAUGGUUCUUUCCGGGAAACUUCCUAGGAAAUGGUACAGAUAAAUGAUACAGACCCCCAUAAAAUAAAGCAUUACUGAUUUCUGUGUUUUGUAACCUUGAA